AUGUUUUAAUAUCUUAUAUCUCUCGUAAAAACGGUGCUUUCAAAAGGAGUAUUCUUAAUAUACAAAAUGUAAACGAAUUCUUGUUGAAAAAUGGUAUCAUUUUGUGCAAGUUUGACGUGAAAUGGGAAAACGUGUUCAGUGUGUAUGUAAAAAUAAGGAGUAUUAUUAUUAUUCAAUUGUGGUUAUCUAUUGGUUUUGGGAACGGAUUUACCAGUUCUCCUGUAACAGCUCCCGCUCCUGAAGUAUCUAGUGUUUGGUUAAGGGCGCGCCGAGAAGCCCGUGUGGAGGGGCUUGUGUGUACUAAAAUGACGAGUCGACAUUGGAAAAGAUUAACUACUUUUUUCUUAUUGGGUUUAUCUCUGUUGCAAUGUUCGGAUUGUCUACCGGAACUUCUUAAGAUUGGUGGAUUAUUUGGAGAGGGUGACGAAGAUCUAAGAGUAGAAAAUGCCUUUCGUUAUGCUGUAUAUAGAGUAAACCAUGAACGCGAUUUAUUGUCCAAAUCUAAACUAGUUUAUGACAUACAGAACCUUCCCAUCAACGAUGGAUUUAGAGCUUCGAAAAAAAUUUGUUAUCAAGUGGAAUUAAAUACCGUAUCUGUGUUAGGACCCAGAAAUAGUAAUUUAGCAGGUUUUGUUAAUUCAUUGUGUGCCUCCUUACAAAUUCCUCAUCUCGAAAUUAGAAUGGACACCAUCGCUUACCCCGCCCCCGGCCUGUCAAUCAACCUAUACCCGGAUAUAGAGACAUUAAGUAAAGCAUUUACUGACGUCAUCAGAUAUUAUGGAUGGAGACAAAUGCUUGUGUUAUAUGGUACCAAAGAUGAUUUAUUAAAAGUUCAGUCUGUGAUAAGGGGUCGUUACGACCCCUCGUUUGAAAUAAUGGUACGCCAAGUUGACGCGGGCAAUAUGCGAACUGUUUUAAAAGAAUGUAAAGAGAAAAAAUGGACAAAUAUACUGAUUGAUCUUUCUAUUGAUGACACGGGUUUAUUACUUAAAAUGGCGUUACAAGAAGGAAUGAUAGACCCGUACCAUCAUUAUAUUAUUAGUAAUUUAGAUAUAGAAUCAUUAGAUAUGGAAGAUUUCAGACAUAAUUAUGUUAAUCUAACUGGAUUUAGAUUAGUUAAUCCACAAGACGGAUUAACGCAGUCAAUAAUCCAGGAUAUGGAGAUUUAUGAAAUACAAACAGAUUUAAAACUUUUAAAUAGAAGUGGAUAUUUAUCUGUCCCACACGAAGUUGCGCUGAUCUUCGAUGCAGUAUUUUUAUUAGCGCAUGCGCUGGAAGCGUAUGAUCGUGGUGCCGUAUUACGGCCCGUAAAUGUUAGCUGUGAUACACCCCAACCCUGGUCCUCAGGACCGAAUUUAUAUACAUAUCUUACUCAGGUUUCAAUGCGCGGUAUGACUGGUAACAUAAAACUACAUAAAGGUCGUAGAUAUGACUUCCAGUUAGAUAUUUUACAACUAAAACAAUCUGGUUUAGAAAAGGCUGGUACGUGGCGAUAUGAUACAGGUGUUAAUUUUACAGAUUUUGGUAUAAACAGUAAUUCUAAUCCAUUUGGUAAUAAAAGUCUAGUGGUCACAACAAUAUUGGAAGCGCCGUACAUAAAAGAGAAAGAGAUGAUUGGUUCCGACGGUAUUAAAUAUGAAGGGUUUUGUAUAGAUUUACUCGAUGAAAUAUCCAGAAUAGUCGGUUUUAAAUAUAAAAUAGAAAAAGUACCUGAUGGAAUGUUUGGCUCUAAAGAUGACGAGACGGGAGAGUGGAAUGGUUUAGUAAGACAAAUAAUAGAUAGGAAAGCUGAUUUAGCUGUGGCGCCAUUAACCAUUAGUUAUGUUAGAGAACAAGUCAUUGAUUUUACUAAACCAUUUUUAAAUUUAGGGAUAACGAUAUUGUUCAAAGUACCCAAGGGUGAAAAACCCGGACUAUUUUCGUUUUUAAAUCCGUUAGCCGUAGAGAUUUGGCUGUAUGUGAUCGGCGCGUACUUGUUAGUGAGUUUUACAAUAUUUAUUCUGGCGAGGUUUAGCCCGUACGAAUGGUACAAUCCGCACCCUUGCAAUCCGGACACGGAUACAGUGGAGAAUACAUUUAAUUUAGCCAACAGUUUUUGGUUUACAGUCGGAACGUUGAUGCAGCAGGGUUCGGACGUGAAUCCCAGAGCAGUGUCUACUAGAAUAGUGGGUGGCACGUGGUGGUUCUUCACCCUAAUUAUCAUAUCCUCAUAUACAGCGAACCUAGCGGCGUUUUUAACUGUGGAGAGAAUGGUCUCCCCUAUCGAAAGUGCUGAAGACUUGGCGAAACAGACGGAUAUUUUAUACGGAACUCUUAAAAGUGGCUCCACCAUGACCUUUUUCAGGGAUUCUAGUAUAGAUAUAUAUAAAAGAAUGUGGGCCUUUAUGAAGGACCACGAACCGGGUGCACUGAUGGAUUCCUACGCAGAUGGCAUCAAUAAGGUUCUGGAAGGAAACUUCGCUUUUCUGAUGGAGUCGACGACAAUUGAUUACGUCAUACAACGGAACUGUGAGCUCAUGCAAGUUGGCGGACUAUUAGAUACUAAAGGUUAUGGUAUAGGAACACCAAUCAAUUCACCGUACCGAGAUAAGUUAUCCAUGGCCAUAUUAGAACUACAGGAGAAUGGUCGUAUCCAGAUGCUUUACAAUAAAUGGUGGAAAUCAACAGGAACGUGUACCAGGGAUGACCAGAAAGAUCAAAAAGCCAAUGCUUUAGGUGUAGAAAAUGUCGGGGGUAUAUUCGUCGUUCUGUUGGCGGGCCUAGCUCUAGCUGUCAUGGUGGCCAUGUUUGAAUUCAUAUGGAAGUCGAGAAAGAAUGCUGAGAAAGAUAGGUCAUUGUGUUCAGAAAUGGCGGAGGAGCUCUCAUUUGCAGUGCGUUGCCAUGGUUCUGCAGUAAAACCAAAAUAUAAAAACAAUUGUAAGAAAUGUGUGAAGGGAAGUGACGGCAAAGAUCACGGCGUGGCAGGGUCAUCGAAUUCACCAAAUGGCAUCAUUCAGUUAAAAGAAGUUCGUAAAUCGCCAUUACCGGGUCGCGAAUUCGAAACGGAAUUUCGGCCUGGGUAUUCCAAAGACUUUAAUGGUGACUAUCUGCACGUGGAGUUUAGUGACCAGGAUUCUUGAAACAGGUAAUAAGUUCAAUUAUUGGACCAAUCAGAUUACAGUAUAAAGGGUGAUGGAGAUGACGUAAUCAAUUCCUAAAUAUAGAAUCACUUUAAGCAGAUGACGUCAGUGAAAUGCUAUUACUAGCUGAAAACGUCAUAAAAAGUAACUACGCCUAAGACCACGUACGUAACGCUAUGAUUCCGGUGAUAAUGACGUCAUCUACUCUAUUCCGCUCUUUUUAUGGGAGAUUACCAACAGUCAAGGUCACAGCAUUUGGCAACAUUCGUAUCAAACAUCUAUUAAGCUUAAUUAGUUUUAUUUUGUUUUUCUUGUGUGUGUGAAAGGGCACAAGUUUUAUUGCAUCAUUCGUUUAAUGAUACAAAAGAUACGACGCCGAUGCUGAAUUUAUUAAUGGAUGGUUAAUGCGAAACUGUGGUGCUGUAGCGGGGUGGUAACAUAAGAUUCAGUGCCUUAGCAACGAAACCCCGUAUGCAACAAGGACAAGGCUCCGAGGAUAAAAUUCACGGAUGCAGUGCUAACAAUUGCGAUGAUGUAACCUAGCAACGAAUCGAGCAACAAACAGAAGUUAUUUGCAUAUCAAAAGAGACAAAAUGUUAUCAAUACGCAUGCGUGUGUGAUCAUAUACAAUUUAAGUCUGAUAACGAGAUACUAAAAGAGCAUGUAACAUGGCGAGUGCUAUGACGUAUCAGGAUAAAAUGACGUAACGUUUUGUUAUGCCUUGAUUAUCCAGACAGUAUUAUUCAUAAGAACAUCAACAGUUUUUUUUCCACAUUAGACACUCGCUUUCAUGCAACACAUAUUUUUGAAAGCAUUUUGUAAAAUUUUAAGCACAAAAUGAAAAUCAUUCCAAUUAAUGGAUCUUUAUGCUAAUGUGUUUGUAAUUAAUUGAUAUAUAAUUUUGAAUAUAGAUAGUAUUAGUUAUGUUCCUUUAUAUUCCGGUUAACCCCCCAGUCAUUAACUAAUUAACUGGUUAAACCCACUUACACAGUAUUGACGGUGUUUAGAACACGGGUGGGUUGUCCAGCCUAAUUAUCUCCCUUGGUCAGAUUCCUAACUUUAUCGCGGCCUAUUAUAGGCUCUGAUAUCCCUGAGACACCUAUAAUAAUUAAAUGUGAUUUCAGUGCAUUCGUUAAAGAGCAUGUCCCCAAAACAGGCGCAUUGAUAGAUAUAGGGUUCUAAUACCCGUAAAAAGGGGGAUGUCGUAGGAAAAAGACCGAAGGGGAUAGUGAGGCCAGAAUUCAUUGAUAAAUGCACGUUUACCCCCACUAAAAUCUAAAUCUAUUAAUAUAUUUCUUAUUAAAAUAAACGAAAGGGUUUUCUAAAACCUGGAUAUUAUGAUUUCUGUAAAUUACAAAGGCAGAAAACAAAUUACUGCGUCACCGUCGCCAUCAUAAUUCCCACUUCACCCUCCCCAUCCGUAUUGGUGCAAGAUACCCUUAAGACUCGAGACACUUCUUACUUGAUAACCAAGACUCAAAAUGAUGCACCAAUGAACUACCAGUUAUCAUAGGCAUAAGUGUCGUGGAAUGUAUUUUACCCCACCCUUUUUACUAAAUACGAUGUAUUAUAUGUAUAUUUAAGUGUUAUUAUGCUGUGGUGUAAAUGAUAAUAAUGAAUUAAAUUAUUACUAGUAUGUAAUCAUAUUGAUAAAGGCGCGGGUUAUUCGCCGAUACCUGGAUUAUUCUGUAUAUAAUUCUGUAUGUUUGUAGAAAGAAUAUGCACAAGUGUGAUUUUAUUAUUUGACACAUUUUCAGAUUUAAUAGAUUUUCAAAUAUCAUUUAUUUUUUCUAAAAUAUCGCUUUUGUAAUAUUGAAUUUUUGUCAUUUUAUCAACCAUCUUGUAUUUUUGCUAUUUAUUUCAGUAAAUUGGUUUUAUUUUGUAAUUUUUUAAAGAACCCGGAGCAAAGUCGUCUCUUGCGUAAUUCCUGAAUUUUACUUUACCUUUACUGCGAUGGACAUAUAUUGUGUCCCUCUGAUCUGUUUUAAAUUCUUGUAUUCCCCGGUUUAACGAAUGAAAAACACAGACGAUAUUAUAAUGUCAAAAUCAAUAAGUAUAUUUUAAGGAUGUACAUGACCAAAGACUGGUUAAUGACGACACAUUAUUCUCCUUAGCAGCUAAUUGCUAAAUGAAUAAGACUGGGAAGAGCCGACUACAUCCAAAUUAAAGUUUUACGACAUACCUGCUCCUGGCUCUUUAAAGAUUACAGUUUUUAAAAGAUAUGUUUUUUUUGUUCCAUUGUUUUUCAUCUUUUGAUUUAUAUUUAUUGAGGUGAACUACAUUUAUUGUAUUACAAGAGACAGUUUUACUGUUCCUAUUCGAUAAUACAAUAAAGUUCAUAUAUAUGUUGGAUAAUAUGGAAAUGCCAAAGGUAAGCCAAAGUUCCCAUUUGAUUACAGUGUAAUCCUGUCAUUAAGACCAUUUAAUAAAAUUGGUCUUAACAGGGUGGUGGUCUUUAAACUGAGUUGGAUUACAAGAGAGUUUUACUGUUGCUGUUCGAUAAUACAAUAGAUUUCAUACAUAUCUUAGAUAAUAUGGAAAUGUCAAAGUUCCCAUUAGAUUACAGUUUAAUCCUGAUAUUACGACCAUUUAAUAAAAUUGGUCUUAACAGGGUGGUGGUCUUUAAACUGAGUUGGAUUACAAGAGAGUUUUACUGUUGCUGUUCGAUAAUACAAUAGAUUUCAUACAUAUCUUGGAUAAUAUGGAAAUGUCAAAGUUCCCAUUAGAUUACAGUUUAAUCCUGAUAUUAAGACCAUUUAAUGACAUUGACCUUAACAGGGUGGUGGUCUUUAAACUGAGUUGGAUUACAAGAGAGUUUUACUGUUGCUGUUCGAUAAUACAAUAGAUUUCAUACAUAUCUUGGAUAAUAUGGAAAUGUCAAAGUUCCCAUUAGAUUACAGUUUAAUCCUGAUAUUAAGACCAUUUAAUGAAAUUGACCUUAACAGGGUGGUGGUCUUUAAACAGAGUUGGAUUACAAGAGAGUUUUACUGUUGCUGUUGGAUAAUACAAUAGAUUUCAUACAUAUCUUGGAUAAUAUGGAAAUGUCAAAGUUCCCAUUAGAUUACAGUUUAAUCCUGAUAUUAAGACCAUUUAAUGAAAUUGACCUUAACAGGGGGGAUGGUCUUUAAACCGAAAAUGCCAAAGUUCCCAUUAGAUUACAGUGUAAUCCUGAUUUUAGGACCAUUUAAUAUAAUUGGUCUUAAAAGUGGAGUGGCCUUUAAACUGAGUUGAAAUUCCGGGAUUCGAUAUACAUCUAUUAUAAGACAAUAGCGAUUGACCCGGCGUAGCUCCGGUUUAGCUGUGAACCGGAAGUAACAUCACCAGGCCUAUGUUCCUCUCCGGUUCAAGAUACCUCUAUACACCAAAUUUCUGCAGCGGGGCAAACGACAGUCACAAAUAUUAGUAUAGAUUGUAGUCACACCUAAGUCUCAUUAAUACAUCCAACCUCGUGGGUUUUCUCCGGGCCCUCCGGUUUCCUCCCACUGCUAAAGACCCCUACGCGCAAGCGAAUUAUUGAAAUAAAAUUAAACCAUAUGUUAGUCCUGAAAUGACCUAGUCUGUGUCGAGUGGACGUUAAACCCCAUUUCUCUCGCUCUCUCUGGUCUCGUGACAGUCAAUACUUUUAUGAAUAGUUGGAUUUCGAACUAAUGUUCUCUUCUAAUCUCAACAGGAAAUAUCAAUGCACUGGAAAUCGUCUGUGUGGCUGUUACCGCUCGGAAACAUAGAAGACUUUUUCGGUGUUCUAAUCGGGAGUUUGGGUGGGUGAAUGGUAGGUCUGUCAUUGAGCCAACUGGCGUGGUUUCGAUUCCUCGGUUCUACGUGACAAGGAGUAGGGUCGCCUGUCCAAUCUCGUGGGUUUUCUCCGAGUACUUCGGUUUCCCCCCACUGCUAGACACCUACGGGCAAGCGAAUUAUUGGAAUAAAAUUGAACCAUAUGUUAUUCCCGAAAUGACCAAGUUUGCGUCGAGUGGACGUUAGUCUCUCUUUCUCUCCCCUCUCUUCUCUCUCUCUCUAUAAAAUGUAAUGUUAUAGCUAUAUUUGGAAUAUGUUUAAUAUAAGUAAAAUUUGUGGGCACUAAUAUACAGAGAUGGUUCAACCACAUUAUUUUAUUUAAUGAAAUUUAAUAAAGCACUUUGUAAUUAUUUUCAAAGCCUCUGUGAGUCCUAUCGAAUUUUUCACGGCUUAAUAUCAUCAUAUCAUUGUAAAUACUGAACAUUAAUUGAAAAACUUGUGGAAUUAAUUUCCUUUUUAUAUGAGAUUAAACCAUCACAAAUUUAUGAUUUGGCGAGGGAUGCCCAAUCCCUCAAUUGGUGUUCACAGACUUUAAUUGGUGAACACAAGUAUUAUCCUAUGAUCGCUACUAAAGAUCUCCACCUAAUUAUUCUCGGCAUCCCCUGUGGUAUCGUUCCGUUCUACUCCGAUAACCCCUGGAUCCAUUCACAGGGGAGACACAUAGUCAAAUUAUCUGCCCUUGAUACUUCUACUAUUUAUAUAGAUCAAUCAAGUGAGCGAAAGAUUUCGAUCAAGAUUAUUGUGCGGAACGUAAACAAUGACGCUAAGUCUGGGCCCUGUUUCUCGAAAUCAUAACUAAAGAUAAAAUCCAAAUUUUAGUAGAUACUUCAAUUUUGAUCGGCUAAGCACUAAAAUCAAUCUAAUAUUACCCAAUCAAUUUACUAAAAUUUGAAUUUUAUCUUAGUUCAAAUUUCGUGAAACAGGCCCCAGGUCUGUAAACUGUUGAAUAGUUCGUAGGAUCAAGCUACGAUAAAGGGAAGAUAAUUUAAAUUCGUGAAAACCCCGUGGAUGGACCAAUGGGUUAGUGGAGUAGACCGGGACCAUGCCACUGGGGAUACAGAUAAUGCCACCUAAUCAGAUCUGUAGAUAUAUCAACCUGAUUGUUUGAAGAGGUUAAAUAGUCCACGGGUGCAAGAGUCCACCGCUAUACAACAUAUUGUACAUAUGGGAAUAGCAAAAGAACCAACACGGUCUACUGAAUAAAUUGUUUCAAUGGCAUUUAGUAAUUGAACUGGAGUCUACAGGUCACAAUUCUAUGGAAUACAUUUACUGCUUAUUGUAAUUGUAUUCCAUAGAAUUGUGACCUGUAUACGAUCUCCUGAAGGUUCUGCACGAUUUGUCAAGGUCAAGGUCAACAGCCAUUGAACCAUGACAAUAACACUAACACACGACCGAAUGAACAUUUCCCGAAUGUUUAGAAAAAAGAAAGUAUCUUAAUAUGUUGAAUCACUUUGUUGACAUGGAUUAGGCAAAAAAGAAAAAAAGAAAAAAGAAUUUUAAUUAGUAUUUCGUGUACAAAAAUGUAGCCCAUAGGUUUUAAUUGAUUUAAAUAAUAAUAAGAAUGACAAAUAAUAUUGUUAAUGAUGUCUUUCCAAUUUGAAUAAUUUUGUAAAAUUUAAAGAUUGUUUUAUUUUGUUUUAUUCAUAUAUUUUAGUUUUUAUUUUAGUUUUGUAUGAAUGAACCGACGAUUGUCGCAUUAUGUGUGAUUUAGACUGUAAAUAAUGCAAGAACAAAUA